CGCAGGAGCGCAGGAGCAGGACCGGAGCAGGACCGGAGCGGAGCGGCGAGAUCCACCUGGCCGGACACGCCAAAGAGAGCGCUUUCGGUGUUUUCCGGGGAGGUGGGGGGUCCUACAUCUCCACAUCCCACCCUCCCAGGCGAUGGCAUCCACGCAUCGGUCAGCAGGAGAAGCGUUGAGCCUCUGAGUGAUGCAGUCUCUGUUCGGUGGAGGGGAGCUGGGGCUGCUGGGAGGAGGCGGUGACGCAGGAGGCCUGAAGGAGGAUGGCUGCGGCAGCAUGGCGUGGAGGUCCUCGCCUCUCCCGCCUGAUGACGUCUACUCAGCCUCGCACUUGGCCCUUAUCACUGCCUAUCAGGACAUCAAGACCCGGCUGGCCAGCCUGGAACGAGAGAACACCAGUAUCAAGAGGAAGCUCAAGAUCUACGAGAUCAAGUUCCCUAUGAUCAGUGAGUUCGGUGAGGACACCAACUCCUACUGCUCCUUCGAGAGUAAGGAGACGGCGCUGCUGCAGUCAGAAAAUGGCAACCUGCAGCAGCAAGUGAGCGUCCUGACCCAUGAGCUCCAAAAGAGAAAAGACAGAGAGGAGCAGCUGGAGGAUGUGAUUAAGGCCUACGAGAAGAUUCACAUGGAGAAGAGCAACCUCCAGAGGGAUCUGGACAAGAUGAGCAGCCUGGUGGAGAAGCAUGUGGAGCGUAUCCUGAGCCUGGAGUCAGCUCUGAGGCAGAGGGACAACUCCCUGCAGAAACUCAACAUGCAGCUGCACAACAAAGAAAUGCAAUAUCUGCAGCUCCACGCCGCGCCAGAGACACACAUGUUGGACUGUCCGGCUCUGACGCUCCAGAGCUCACGCAGCCUGGACACCCUGUCCGACCUGAAGCUGCAGCGACUGGAGGCAGAACUAGAGGGGGCGCGGCACGAGGCUCAGGGGGCGUGUCAGCGGGUGGAGGAGCUGAAGGCCGAGUGCGAGAGGCUGAAAGACGAGAUCAGACAGCUGCAGAACAGCCAAAGGGAAAGGGAAAUGACUUCUCCGUGCAAGCAGUGUGAUGUGGAGUGGAUAAAGAAGGUGGGAGACGAGCAGGUGAAUUUGGCCCUGGCCUACACAGAGUUAACAGAGGAACUGGGACGCCUCCAAGAAAUGUGCUCCAAGCAGACGGAGAUCCUGAGGAAAGCAACACAUGAGCAGGCUAGUCCAGUACAGCUUCACUCUCCCAUCCACCACCAGCGGCACUCCCCCGUGUCCCAGCGCCACUCGCCCAUCUCGCAGCGGCAUUCCCCAGUCCCACCCCAGCCACACCACUCCCCGCUGCAGCAGCGGCGCUCCCCGGUGCUGCAGCGCCUCUCCCCGGACAUGCACCGCCGCUCCCCCCUGCUGGACGUCACCGACGGACCGGCCUCGUACUCCUACAGGCCUCCCAGCCAGCACCUCAGAGCCAGCUUCCAGGGCCGCCGCAGCUACUCCGAGGUCGCUGACCCCUCGGCAUACCAGUGCCCGCCCCGCUUCUCGCUGGACCCCGUCUCCACCCUGCCCAAGCCGCGGCCCUACAUCGAGAGCUACGCCAAGCAGCAGUCCCAGCACGUGGGCCCCCUCCACAGUGGACUGCAGCAUCGAGCAUCCCCGUCUCCCCAUCAAGGUGGGGGGGGUAAAGACGGGAGCCUCGGGGACGGCUCCAUGCGCCACUCCAGAGAGAUGCCAUUUCCACUGUCGGAGGUGGCGCACCUUCAUUUUGAGCCACCUCCUCCAUCCACACCUGCCCCCCAGCCCCCACAGUCAUCUGAAGAUGAAGAGGAGUGGACGUGUCCCCACCCCAUCAGCCCCCCACGAACGCUGGGUGUGCUCUCUCCGUCAGGGCCCAGCAACGUCAUGCGGGGCCCUGCGUCCUGCUCGGCCUUCCCCAUCCCCAGGCCCAACAACCUCAGCUGCCACCCUCAGUACACGUCGUCUGAGCAUGCUCAGUCCUGGCCUUCCAUCAAUCUCUGGAUGGAGACCGAGGAGAGCGACAUGAGGAGCUGCCCUCUCUGCCAGCUGAUUUUCCCAGUCGGUUACCCCGACGAUGCCCUCAUCAAGCACAUUGACUCCCACCUGGAGAACAGCAAGAUCUGAUUGCCAUGGCAACCAGCCUGCACACAUCUGCUCCCCUAAUAUGAAUUAUGUAAGAGAUUGGUAAUCUGUCCAAAUGGGAAGUGGAGCACACACGAGCAGGAGUCUGAUUUAGAGCCUCGAGCAGCUAGGUGCGAGUUGUAAUUUAUAGGUAGGAGGUGGACAUGGCACAGGGGUCUGCUUUAUUUGGGAGGAUUCUUAAACACGGGUCCGUCUUGGAUGUGUGGGUCCACAUGCAGAGUCCUGUGCUGGUUUCCCUUAACACAAACUAAAGGUCUUGGUGUGUGGUUUCAAGAAAGUUUCAGACAUGUAGUUCUUCUCUCUUUCGUUUGCUUCACAGUGAGGUACACUUUGAUUUUGCAUAGCAAGCCAACCGUGAGGCAUGAGGGGUACACUGGCAGGUUCAGGGGCCUUCAUGCCUCAAGGGGAGUUUCACUUUUUCUCAGUAACUGAUCAAGGAGACCUGAAGCCAUUGUUUUUGAACCACUUAGCUUUAAAUACUUCUGCUUUGAACUUUUCUAUCUCGGACAGGAACUGCAGUUUAUUUUUACGGAGGGUCCUGAACAGUCGGGCCGAAGGGCGAUGCUGUCUUAUCAUCUAGCGGUCAGACAAGGACACGUGAGAUGGUUUGUCAGUAGGGAACUUUUUAAUUAACUGACGUAACAAGAGGAAGAUAGCCUGGCUGUCAGUGAUGGUUUGAUGCCUCAGCGGUUAAGAAAGUUUAAAACAUUCCACCGUCACAUUUAACCUUCGGACUAACAAUCCAGUGAAUUUGUACCUGAGUAUAUUUGGUUGAGUCUGCAGGGGACUUUACCCACAUAUUGUUUGAGAAUGCCCUGCAGGGCAGAGCUUUGAUGGAUAUUUCCUCUCUUUCGGUGAAGGGACAGUGUAGUCAGAAUAUACUGUACCUUUAUGCUUGCGGCCUGUUAAAAGUAUCCUUGCACUUUAAGUUAGCUUAGCCUAUACAGUAAAUCUGUUAUCAGUCUGCACUUGCACCAUUCAGCCACAACAUGAGAACUACUGACAGGUGAAAAUGCAGAACAUCCUUUUACUCAUAGUGGCAGGAUUGGGUGGGAUGUAUCAGGCAGCGAGACAGAAGUGUGUUCCUGAAGUCGACGUGUAGGAAGCAGACUGAAUGAGCAGUUUCAGGAUUUGACUUUGAAACAUACGGCUUUGUAAAAUGUUUAAUCUGGACAACUUUUGACGCUUGCAGCUCUGUCAUGGCACUGGCAAGCAACCUCUGAGCCAGAUGUGGCCCAGAGAUGAUGAGCUGGGCCUUGUGUGGUUGUACAGGCUGGCUGUGGCACCGACGUCAUGUCAACAUGUCACGGGUUGCGGUAUUGGGUCUCACAUGUGUGGUGAGCAUGCUAGCUGCCAGCCUAAGCCUGCCAAUGCUCAGCCACUAGUC